AUGGAAUUUAGUUCCAGGGAAGCUGUUAUUAAGGCGAUGAAGGAGUAUACCCUCCGAAGAUAUGUAGACUACCGUGUGUAUGAGUCGGAGCCGUUGACAUUUUAUGCGAAGUGUACACAGUACGGGUCAGGGUGUGAUUGGCUUAUCAGAGUGGACGGGACUCACUUGUAUGGAAAGUACAAGGGUUGCUUGUUAGUGGCCGUUUUGCAGGAUGGUAACAACAAUAUCGUCCCGAUUGCAUUUGCCAUUGUCGAGGGAGAGACCUCUGAUGCUUGGCACUUUUUCCUCAGUAACCUACGUCAACAUGUUAUGACUCGGGAUGGUGUGGGGCUGAUAUCGGACCGACAUGAGUCCAUAAAUGCAGCUGUGGAACGUAGUCACGGAGCUUGGUCACCUCCAAGAGCUUUCCACAUGUUUUGCCUCAGGCAUAUAGAAUCGAACUUUCUGAGAAAAUUCAAGGCACCCUAUCUGCAAAAGCUUGUCGUCAAUAUAGGGUAUUCGCGGACGGUUCAUGAGUAUGAACUGCGUUACCAGCGUUUACGAGGGCGGGGCAAGGCAUAUACUAACUGGUUAAACCGUAUUCCCCGUGAACAGUGUGCGUUGGCAUUCGACGGUGGCUACCGAUGGGGUCACAUGACGACUAAUCUAGUGGAGUGCAUCAACUCAGUCUUGAAGGGUGCACGCAAUCUCCCCAUCACUGCACUUGUGAAAGCAACGUUCUACAGACUUAAUGAGUUGUUCACACGGAAAAGAGCAGAAGCGGAGGCGAGGAUUAAUGCAGGCCAUGUUUUUACGGAGCAUGCGACCUCCAAAAUUCAUGCAAAUCAACUUGCAUCAGGCAACAUUCAGGUUAAUUGUUUUGACAGGCAGAAUGAGGUAUUUGAAGUGUGUGAGAUGCCAAGUGGAGUGGAGUAUGCUGUUGAUCUCCGUGGUCAGAGAUGUGAUUGUGGUGAGUUCCAGGUGGAUCGGAUUCCUUGCCGGCAUGUGUUUGCAUGUUGUGCAAAUCAACGACUAGAUUGGCAGGUAUAUGUGCAUGACGUUUAUAAGAUGGACCAGGUCAGGCGCGUGUAUCGGGCUAGGUUUAGGCCAUUAGGGAAUCCCACUGCGUGGCCUUCUUACAAUGGUCCCCGAUUCGUACCGAACCCGUACCUGAGAUGCGUUUCCAAAGGUCGGCCCAAGAUGACGCGCUUCUUGAAUGAGAUGGACACACGUAUGCUACGCCGUCCGAGGCAGUGUAGGCAAUGUGGAGUUGAGGGACACAGUCGUAGUAGAUGCCGUCAGGGAGGUCCUCCAGGUACCGACAAUAAUGCCCAGUAG